UGUACUCUUUGAACUGAGAAAAUGGGAAAAAUACUGGGAAUUGGGAUAUUAUAACUAGAUAACAUUUUUAGUGUUUAAGGUUAUUGUCUAUGAAUUUUAUAUUAACCAUUGGUAAGAUUAAUUAGGAAUUGCAGAUAAUUAUAUACUUUAAUCAGCAAUUCAUUCAGUAAACAUUAAGCGUCUAUUACAUUAAGUCGGAGUUUACAUUCCGGGGACCCAAUGCAUUGCUGUGGCUCUCCAAAUAAUUUACCAUAUUGUCCUGGUAAACAUCCCCCCAAGGAUAGCACUAAAUAAGGGCAAGAUAUGCUUCAGGCCUGGAAUUCUUCAACUCUGGUCCUACUUCCGUACAAGGCUUUAUGGCUGUUCUACUAUUAGUUGUGCAAUCUUACACACGUUACUUCAAGUUCUAACCCUAUUUCUCUCUUUGUAAAAGGGAAACGGUAAUAGUUGGGUUCUCCUGAGAAUUAAAUGACGUGUGUCUAUGGUUCAGUAACUAUUAGUAUUAGUUUGGCUUUGUGAUUCCAAAACGUGUCUGUUCAUUAGAAUCAUCUGAACAUACUUAAAAACGCCCAGGCCAAGGCCACACACUAGAAGUAAAUCCCAAUCUCAGGUAGCUGGACGCACUCCUCAGGUGGUUCCAAUGUGCAGACAAGUUUGGGAAGCACCUCUGUUUUGAUUAUUUAUGUUUUAUGGCAACAUCUGCCAAUCCACCCAUCUUUACGGGAGGUGGAACGAGGAAGGCUUGGGAACUUAAUUAAAUUCAGAUAAUCCGGGUGCAUGUGCACCCUUCGUCCCACCCAGUGACCUGAAUCCGUAUCUCUUCCAAAUAUCUUAAAGAAGGGAGGGACCUGACGGAGUCCGAACCUCUCUCGCGUAUGCACAACUGUUAAUUGUUUGUGAUCUCUGGGUAUGUAAGGAGAGCUGACACUUCCACGUGGGGGAACCGCUCCGUCUGCCCGGGGAAGCCAGCCCUCCCGCGGGCGCUGGGCCCGGCGCAGAGCCUGCAGCCGCGCGGCGAGGAGAUUUCGGCAGCACAGUUGCUGCAGCAGCUGCCGGGCUCAUCCUCUGUCCACCGGCGGCAGCGAGCCCGGGAGGCUCAGCCAGCGCCUUCCGCCUGCGUCCUCCCCUUUUGUCCGCCGCCACCCCGCGACCCAGCCGAGGGCGGGUGCAGCGCGGGGCGCUUCUGUCCGGGGCGAGCAGGACUCGCCGCGCCGCCAUGGAGCCUGGGCCACCCGGCGGCUCCAGGCCCGCCGAGCCGGGGCCUUGCAUGAGCGGCCCGCUCGGCGCUCACCAGGCAGCUCCGGCCUCCUCGCCGAGCGCGGCCGGGGCCGAGCCGGGGCGCUGCCCGCUGUCUGUGGCGGCCGUGUUACCCGCAGGGGGGUGCGGGGAGAGGAUGGGCGUCCCCACCCCGAAGCAGUUCUGCCCCAUCCUGGAGCGGCCGCUCAUCAGCUACACCCUGCAGGCCCUGGAGAGAGUAUGUUGGAUAAAGGACAUUGUUGUGGCAGUAACAUCAGAGAACAUGGAAGCAAUGAACAGUAUCAUUCAGAAGUACCAGCAUAAGCGCAUCUCACUGGUUGAAGCUGGAGUGACCCGCCACAGGUCAAUUUUCAAUGGACUAAAGGCACUGGCAGAAGACCAGCCUGACUCAAAACUAUCUAAACCAGAAGUUGUGAUUAUCCAUGAUGCUGUCAGACCAUUUGUUGAGGAAGAUGUCCUCUUCAAAGUUGUCAUAGCUGCUAAGGAACAUGGGGCAUCAGGAGCAAUUCGACCUCUUGUAUCUACCAUCAUCAGUCCAUCUGCUGACGGGUACUUAGACCACUCACUAGAACGUGCCAGACAUAGAGCAAGUGAAAUGCCACAGGCUUUUCUAUUUGAUGUGAUCUAUGAAGCAUACCAGCAGUGUAGUGACUACGACUUGGAAUUUGGAACUGAGUGUUUGCAGUUGGCUCUAAAAUACUGUCAUACUAAUGCCAAACUUGUGGAAGGAUCACCCGACCUUUGGAAGGUGACCUACAAACGAGAUCUGUAUGCGGCUGAAUCGAUUAUUAAGGAGAGAAUUUCCCAAGAGAUUUGUGUAGUUAUGGACACCAAAGAAGGUGAAGAACAUGUAGGUCAUCUUCUUGAAGCAGUGCUGAAAUGUGAAUUAAAUCAUGUGAAGGUCGCAUCUGGUGCUCUGCGUCACACUGGUAGAGGCCUUCAGCGAAUCAUCCCAGAGCAAUGCUAUAAUUUUGUUUGUGUGAAUAUUAUGACCUCUGAUUUUCAGGAUACCCAGAAGUUACUGGGUAUACUGGAAGAGAGUAAUCUUUCCACUUUGUAUCCUAUUGUGGUCAUUUCAGUGCAUUUUAUUGACUUUAAAUUAGUACCUCUUGGUCAGAAAAUGGAAAACCUAAUGUGGAUUAGGGGAUUUGCAAAGGAAAUGAAAAAAAGAAAUAUUUUGCUAUGUGGCCUUCUCAUAUGUUACCCACAGGAUGAGCAGAAACUGCAAGAGAGUUUAAAGCAAGCUGCCGUCAUUAUUACUGCCUUAAUCAAAGAAAGAAAUGCUGGACUCGUCGGUCAGCUACUGGUGGCGUGAAGAACACAGAAAAUGACCCAUUAGGCUUUUUGAAACACCAACCCAAGUAUCUCUGUUGUGCCCCCCCCGUUGUUUGAGGUAGAUUGUGUAAGUUGUUUUCUUUGUCAUCUUAUAAUUUGUAGGAUGUGAUACUUAGAUUAUAGAAGUGGAUCAAUACUUGCACCCGUAAAGCAAAUAUAUUUUUGUGUAUGUCAAAUAUUAAUUGCUUGGACUAGAAAAGAGUAGAUAAAUAGAAAAUAAUAACCUUCACUUAAAGAAUCUUUCCACAAAGGCAUGAAAGAAAUAAUGAUGAAUAAGCUAUUCUUUUAAGGAAUAAGAAAACUUCAGCUGUUACCUUAACUCUAUGAAAAUAAAUCACACUGUAAUAAAGCUAAUGGAUAAGCUUCAGAAUUAUUCUCAAUUCUAAAAUUGUCCUCUCAACAUGUGGUGGUUUAUCUUUUUGCCUUUCAUCGAAAUUUUUCCCAUCUUAAAAAAAAAAGAGAAGUUGACAGUGAAUGAAAGUCCUUGUAUCAAAUGUCUUCCCCUUCUGUCUCAUGUAGGAGAUGGAAUCUCCUUAUGGUUUUCUGUUAUUUUUAAAUUAUAUAUUAAAUAUUUUCCUUGGUUUGUGAAAUAUAAUUAUUGCUAACAUUGUCUCAAAGGGUCUCUAUUUUUUUAUGAAUAGGCUUUUUAAAGGUCCAGAAAGCUUCCUAAAUUAUUUUGGUUAGUCAUCUUCUGGAGAAUCUGUUGUGCAUCAUAUAGAGUUGAAGUGGUGGUUAUUCUUUUGAUACAAAUACUGUUAACUUUUAAAACCAAGUUCUUUCCAAUUACCAUUGGUGUAUACAUCUUAAAUAUUAGUAUUUUUCCUUACAUUUUUAAUUACAUGUUUCUAGUCAUUAGAGAUGCCUUUUAUUUUAUACAUACUUUUAUUUUAUACCAACAGAUUAAAAUAGAUUAUUCUAGGGUUUAGGUUGCCUGUGGAAAUUACAGAAGUUGAUGAAGUGUUGUCAGUUAAAGAUAGACUGUAUCUACAUGGUAGAAUUUCUUUAACAUGUUGGGUGAUGUUUCCCUAUAUAUUUCAAGUAUCUAUGUAAUAGAGUUUAUGUUUUAUAUUUAAGCAAUAAUGAGUAGAAUAUAAUGUGCAUGGGAUAAUUAAUGCAAUUCAUUCUCCUAAAUGAAAUGUAUUAUUUAGAUCUGAAUUCCUGGGAUCACCUUUUUUUUUUCUCUCUCUCUCUCUGAGAGAGGUAAGAAACCUAAAAUCCAUUGAUUCAAAUUCUCAAGGAUAAAAAUAUGUGGACAAUGUGUAGUUUGGGUAUAAUGUCUUUGUGCCUGUUUAGGUAGUUAACUGUGUGGUGAAAGGCAUUGAAAGGCACAGUUGCAAAGUCCUUACCCUGUGCCUGAAAUAUUUUAAGACUUUGAAAGUACCCAUAAAGGCAGAAGAGGAAAUGUUAUCAAGGUUUUAAAGAGUGCCUUUUAAGAAGGCAGCAGGAAACUGGGCAUCCUGCUCUGUGGGGUGCUGCCUAAUUGACAUAGAUUUCAACUUAAUAAAAGAAUAUCAUAGCAGACAAGAAUUUAUCCUGGGGUAAUUAAUAUGACUUUACCCUGGGCACUUGGAAACACUUAGUGUAAUUAAGUUGAGUUAAUAAAAUACUAAAUGUGCCUAAAAAAUGAUUAUAGUCUUUCAACCUUACAGUUUACAAAGCAGUUGACAGCAUUUGCAAUUGAAAAAGAAAUCUCCACAUCCUUCACUAUUUAGAUAGGGAAAUUGGAGCUCAGGGAUCUUAAUUAGCUUGGUAAAAAUCAAGUAACUGCAUGGUAACAAGGAAGGGCUUAAACUCCGGACUGAGAAUAAGUGUUACCCUUGUAUCACUAUCUAAUAAUGACUCCUGGCAAAGACUUCCGAAAGCAAGCCUGUGAGUCAGAAGCAAGAGGCUCUCAGGGAGUGCUGGAGGAAUGGACAAGGAGAGGGGAGGGUGGACAAACACGAUGAAAUCAUGGAACUUCGGGCUUUUCAGCAAUCUUUCCAACAUGCAUAAAUUGUACAAUAGCCGAGGGUGAAAGGAAUGGCCAGAAUUAUUGUCUUAUGAAGAUAAAUUAUUUCAUUCAGAGAUCCAGAAGCAACUUUGCUGUUAUUUUUAUCACUGCUUCUGUAAAUUUAUUUACUUCAGUAAAAGCUAUCAUUCUCACUUUAUUUUCCAAAUUAUCUUUAUUUUUUAUUUAUUAUUAUUAUUAUUAUUUUUUUUAGAUUUCAGACCAAACAAUGUUUGCAUAUGUUAGGUAAGGUCCCUGUUUUUCUUGUGCCCCUCACCCAAGAGGUGUGCUGGGUACCCUCACAUUGUGCCCUGAGGUGAGAGCACACCAAACACCCACGCUCCUCUCCUUUCCGCCCUUGCUCCUCUCCUCUGCCCCCACGUUGAAUCAAACUGAGUUUUUCUCUUGUGUGGGCCUGUAUUAAUUCUUCUACUGGCUUCAUAUUAGUAUUGAGUACAUUAGAUACUUGCUUUUCUAUGUUGGUGGGACUAUAAACUAAUACAGCCUCUUCAGAAAGAAGUAUGGAGAAUCCUCAAAGAACUCAAAAUAGGGUUCUGUUUGACCCUGAAAUCAUAUUAUUAGGCAUCUAUCCAGAAGGAAAAAAAUCAUUUUAUCAUAAGGACAUUUUCACUAGAUUGUUUAUCACAGCCCAAUUUACAAUUGUCAAGAUAUGGAAUCAACCCAAGUGCCCAUCAACCCAUGAAUGUAUUAAUAAACUGUGGUGUAUAUA